GGUGGUGGGAAACCCCGCGCAGCGCCGGGAGCGGGAUCCAUGAGGCGGCGGUGGCGGCCAUUUUAUCGACAGCUUUAGACUCAAUUAACCGGAGACCGGGGGCAGAGCCCGCCGUGCCCUCAGCUAGCUUGCGGAUACGCUAUAAUUAGAAAUGGCUACUGAGGUGAAUGGAAAUGCAGCGCAGGUGAAGGAGGAGGAAGAACCCAUGGAUACCUCAUCUGCUGUCACCCAUUCAGAACACUACCAGGUGCUAAUAGAUGCUGGCUUGCCACAGAAAGUAGCAGAAAGGCUAGAUGAUAUCUUUCAAACAGGAUUAGUAUCUUAUGCUGAUCUUGAUGAAAGAGCCAUUGAUGCCCUCAGAGAGUUCAAUGAAGAAGGAGCACUGUCUGUAUUGCAACAGUUUAAAGAAAGUGACCUAUCACACGUGCAGAAUAAAAGUGCCUUUCUGUGUGGAGUAAUGAAGACCUACAGACAAAGGGAGAAGCAGGGUAGCAAAGUACAGGAUGCUACAAAGGGUCCUGAUGAGUCAAAAAUUAAGGCACUGCUGGAACGAACAGGGUACACCUUGGAUGUAACCACAGGGCAAAGGAAGUACGGUGGCCCUCCUCCUGAUGGUGUGCAUUCAGGGCCACAACCUGGAAUUGGAACAGAGGUAUUUGUUGGGAAGAUACCCAGAGAUUUGUAUGAAGAUGAACUCGUUCCAUUGUUUGAAAAAGCUGGUUCCAUUUGGGACCUACGACUUAUGAUGGACCCUUUGUCAGGUCAGAACCGUGGCUAUGCAUUUGUGACAUUCUGCAACAAGGAUGCAGCCCAAGAGGCUGUCAAACUGUGUGAUAAUUAUGAAAUCCGUCCUGGUAAACACAUUGGAGUUUGCAUUUCUGUGGCCAACAAUAGGCUGUUUGUUGGUUCUAUUCCAAAGAACAAGACCAAGGAAAACAUAAUGGAAGAAUUCAGCAAAGUCACAGAGGGUCUCACUGAUGUUAUUCUCUAUCAUCAACCUGAUGAUAAGAAGAAAAACAGGGGCUUCUGUUUUCUAGAAUUUGAGGAUCACAAAUCUGCUGCACAGGCAAGGCGAAGAUUAAUGAGUGGAAAAGUCAAAGUCUGGGGAAAUGUUGUCACUGUUGAAUGGGCAGACCCAGUAGAGGAACCAGAUCCGGAGGUGAUGGCAAAGGUCAAAGUGUUAUUUGUAAGAAACCUGGCCAGCUCUGUUACAGAAGAAAUCCUAGAAAAAACUUUUAGUCAAUUUGGAAAACUGGAACGUGUGAAAAAAUUGAAAGACUAUGCAUUUGUUCAUUUUGAGGACCGUGAUGCAGCAGUAAAGGCAAUGAAUCAAAUGAAUGGAAGAGAAAUUGAAGGUGAAGACAUUGAAAUAGUUCUUGCAAAGCCACCAGACAAGAAAAAGAAGGAACGUCAGGCUCAAAGACAGGCUACAAGGACUCAAGUGUAUGAAGACUAUUAUUACUACCCCCCACCCCGUAUGCCACCUCCAAUAAGGGGCAGAGUCCGUGGAAGUAGAGGAGGUAGUUAUGGCUAUCCCCCAGAUUAUUAUGGCUAUGAAGAUUACUAUGAUGAUUACUAUGGCUAUGAUUAUCAUGAUUAUCGUGGUGGAUAUGAAGAUCCAUACUAUGGUUAUGAUGAUGGAUACCCAGUCCAGAGAGGAAGAGGUGGAAGGGGUGGUAGAAGUGCAAUUCCCCCUCCCAGAGGUCGUGGUGUACCCCCACCCAGAGGAAGGGCAGGAUAUCCUCAACGUGGAGCACCAAUGGGACCUCCAAGAGGUGCUAGGAGUGGCAGAGGGGGCCCACAGCCACCACAAAGAGGACGUGGUGCCCGUGGUGGCAGAGGUAACCGUGGUGGUAACGUAGGAGGAAAGCGAAAAGCCGAUGGGUACAACCAGCCAGAUUCCAAACGACGCCAGACCAACAACCAACAGAAUUGGGGCUCCCAACCCAUCGCUCAGCAGCCUCUUCAGCAAGGUGGUGAUUAUUCUGGUAACUAUGGUUACAAUAAUGACAACCAGGAGUUUUAUCAGGAUACUUAUGGGCAGCAAUGGAAGUAAACAAAUGGGGGUUUCAUUGAAAUUGUUGAGACCCGAUUGGCUAAACUCUGCAACCUUCAAAUCUGAUUGGCUUAACUCUACAUCCUUCAGUACAGAUUGGCUUAACUCUACAUCCUUCAGUACAGAUUGGCUGCCACUUGCAUUUUGCUGACAUCAAGAAUCACUAUUGUAUAUACCAGAUUUUUUUUUCCAUAAAUGCACUUGGACAUUUCUGGCUUAUUCUCCCUUACCAAUUCUUUGGGGGAAAGAUGCUUUUUAUUUUGUUUUUAAGCUACUUUUUAGCGGUUUGAAAGGAACCUUUGGACUUUGCUUUCAGAUGUUGGGCACAAUUUUCAAUCAUGGUUUUGCAGAAUUGACUGAUAUUGGACAGUUUCACUAGUUUGUAGUUUUGGGAUUAGACUGCCAUUGGAGUAUGCUGUAUAUACAGUAAAUGCUAGUGUUUUGUCUUAGUAGUUUUAAGAUGAGCUUGCAGUUUAACCAUUUUUAAGUUUUCUUGUACUGAAAGUAACAUUUAACUGUGUUUUUGCAUUUGUAGAGUAGGUAAAUUGUGUUUUUUAAAAAAAAAUGUUAGCUUCACACCUUUAAGAAUCUGCCCUACAAAAUUUGGUUUGGCUUAAUCGUACAACCCGUGGCGUUUUGUUCAUUGAUGUGAUUGUAUUUACAAUUUAUUGUUCAUGUCAAAUUUCAAUAAAACUUAAAACUAUAUUAUCCAAAAA